AUGUGUUACUAUCACGCUUCCCUCUUCCUAGUGUGCGGGCAUCUUGAACUGUCCGGCAAUCCGAUCGCGGACUGUCGUUGCUCGCACCGAGACGCACAGGCCAUUCAUCCGGAUCACAAGGAAGAAAGAAAGAAUGUCGAGAGCUACCAUCCCAAGAAGUCCCAGGAGGGGCACGCAUCACUCCCGAGUCCUCCGGCAACACCGCCCCCCGUCACAGAUUGCCAGCGCAACCUUAUCCAUCCUCUGCAUACAUUCCGAGUCAAGUCCCUGUGCCCAGAGUGCCAGGAAGAGCGCGAUGCCCGCAUCGAAGCGUUUGAGAUCCAAAUGCGGGAGGACCUCGAGCGGCGGAUCCUGGCCCGGUCGGCAGAGUGGAACGAACGAGGCACCGAGGUCGGGAGGAGAAGGUUGUUCCGGGCCUCAACCACACUGGCCAUGAUAAUGGAGGCGCCUCUCGCAGCGAAGAGGGAACAGCCGGAAGAAGCAUGGGAGUGUCAGACCCAGGCGGAAACGCAGAGAACGCCACCCGCAGACAGCGUGGGAAAGAUGGUGGAUGGAUUCCGUCGCCGGGUAGGAUGGAAUCAAUGUGAGAUCUCGCCGACCAAGAAGGGGCUAGAACAGAGUCCUGGCGACAUGUCGGCAGCUACACAGAGUUCGCCUCUCGGCGGGAGAUUAUCUUUCGCAGCGUUUGCUGGUGCUUCAGAAGGGAAACAGUGCAGCGUCGGUGUGUGA